AUGGGUGUCGCACGACGUCCCAAGGACAAGGCCGCGCGCAAUGCGGCAGCCGCCGCAAAACCCAAGAAGGCCACCUUCGAGACGUCCAAAAAGCAGGAAAUCGGUGUAUCUGACCUGACACUGCUCAGCAAGGUUUCGAACGAGGCUAUCAACGACAACUUGAAGAAGCGAUUCGAAGGAAGGGAGAUCUACACCUACAUCGGCCAUGUGCUCGUCUCCGUCAAUCCCUUCCGAGAUCUGGGCAUCUACACAGACCAAGUCCUCGACAGCUACCGGGGCAAGAACCGACUGGAAGUGCCACCACACGUCUUCGCCAUCGCCGAGUCAUCAUACUACAACAUGAAGGCGUACAACGAUAAUCAGUGCGUCAUUAUUUCUGGCGAAUCAGGUGCUGGCAAGACCGAGGCGGCCAAGCGAAUCAUGCAGUACAUCGCCAAUGUCUCUGGCGGCCAGUCGGGCGACAUCCAACAGAUCAAGGACAUGGUGCUGGCCACCAACCCUCUUCUCGAGUCCUUUGGAAAUGCCAAGACCCUGCGAAACAACAACUCGUCUCGUUUUGGUAAAUAUCUCCAGCUCUACUUCAACUCCGUGGGCGAACCAGUCGGAGCCGACAUCACAAACUACCUGCUCGAGAAGACGCGAGUUGUUAGCCAGAUUGCCAACGAGCGAAACUUCCACAUCUUCUACCAGUUCACCAAGGCAGCGUCGGCACACCACCAGCAGCUCUUUGGCGUGCAGAAGCCCGAGACCUACGUAUACACGAGCCGAUCGAAAUGUUUCGACGUAGACGGUAUCGACGAUAUCGCAGACUUCCAGGACACCCUCUCCGCCAUGAAGGUGAUUGGCUUGAGUGAAGCGGAGCAAGACAAGAUCUUCCGAAUGCUUGCCGCAAUUCUCUGGAUCGGAAACAUCCAGUUCCGAGAGGAUGAUGGUGGAUAUGCUGAGGUUGCCGACCGAUCAGUUGUCGAUUUUGUGGCCUACCUCCUCGAGACGACGGCAGACCAGGUUAUCAAGGGUAUUACGAUUCGUAUCCUGACUCCCAGAAACGGCGAAGUCAUCGAAUCACCUGCAAAUCCCGCACAAGCCAUAGCAACCCGUGAUGCGUUGGCCAUGGGAAUCUACCAUAACCUUUUCAACUGGAUUGUUGAGCGUAUCAACAAGUCGCUCAAGGCUAGGCAGGCGACAACCAACAGCAUUGGUAUCUUGGAUAUUUACGGGUUCGAGAUUUUCGAGAAGAACAGUUUUGAACAGUUGUGCAUCAACUACGUCAAUGAGAAGCUCCAGCAAAUUUUCAUCCAACUCACUCUCAAGGCGGAGCAGGAAGAGUAUGCGAAGGAGCAGAUUCAGUGGACACCUAUCAAGUACUUUGACAACAAGGUCGUGUGUGACCUUAUUGAGCAGAUCCGUCCCCCUGGUAUCUUCUCCGCCAUGAAGGAUGCCACCAAGACUGCCCAUGCGGACCCAGCAGCCUGCGACCGAACUUUCAUGCAGAGCAUCAACGGCAUGUCAAAUCCCCAUCUCACCCCCAGACAGGGCAACUUCAUCAUCAAGCACUACGCUGGUGAUGUGUCCUAUACCGUGGAUGGUAUCACCGACAAGAACAAGGAUCAGCUCCUGAAGGGCUUGCUCAAUCUCUUGCAGCAGAGUGGAAACGACUUCGUGCACACCUUGUUCCCCGCACAGGUUGAUCAGGACAACCGAAAGCAGCCUCCCUCGUCGGGUGAUCGUAUUCGACAAUCGGCCAAUGCUCUGGUCGAAUCCUUGAUGAAAUGUCAGCCCUCAUACAUUCGAACCAUCAAGCCCAACGAGAACAAGUCUCCGACCGAGUACAACAGCCCCAACGUUCUCCAUCAGAUCAAGUACCUUGGUCUGCAAGAAAACGUCCGUAUCCGUCGAGCUGGUUUCGCUUAUCGACAGUCUUUCGACAAGUUUGUCGAUCGAUUCUUCCUCCUCUCUCCCGCCACAUCUUACGCCGGUGAGUAUACUUGGGAGGGCACGCACGAGGCCGCAGUGCGGCAGAUCCUGAAGGACACUAGUAUUCCCAAGGAGGAGUGGCAGAUGGGUGUGACCAAGGCAUUCAUCAAAUCGCCGGAGACACUUUUCGCCCUGGAGCACAUGAGAGAUCGCUACUGGCACAACAUGGCCACUCGAAUUCAGCGUAUGUGGAGAGCCUACCUCGCCUACCGAGCCGAAUCCGCUACAAGAAUCCAGCGCUUCUGGCGUAAGAAGCGCACUGGCGCUGAAUUCUUGCAGCUACGUGACAAGGGUCACGCUGUUCUCCAAGGGCGCAAGGAGAGAAGACGGAUGAGUUUGCUUGGUUCCAGGAGAUUCCUUGGAGAUUAUCUGGGAGUCAACGCCACCAACGGUUUUGGAGCCCAGCUCCGCAACGCUGCAAACCUGAGCUCCAACGAACGAGCUCUCUUUUCUUGUCGCGCAGAGCUUCUUGAAGCCAAGUUCGGUCGAUCCAGUAAAUGCAGCCCGCGUAUCAUCAUUGUGACGAACAGCAAGUUUUACAUCAUCGCCCAGGCUCUGGUUAGCGGCCAGCCCAGCAUCACGGUCGAGAAGGGCAUCAGUCUUGGUAUGAUCAAGUUUGUUGGAACCUCGACUGCCCAAGAUGAUUGGUUUUCUCUGGGAAUUGGAUCGCCUCAGGAGCCCGACCCUCUCAUGAACUGCGUCUUCAAGACUGAGAUGUUUACGCAGAUGCAGCGUGUGAUGCCCGGAGGCUUCAAUCUCAAGAUUGCCGAGACGGUCGAAUACGCCAAGAAGCCCAACAAGAUGCAGCAGGUCAAGGUCCUGAAGGAUUCCCAGCAACGUGCUGACUACUACAAGAGUGGUGCCAUCCACACCAAGCCCGGAGAUCCACCCAACUCUACAUCAAGGCCAACGCCGAAGGGCAACCCCGUUCCCCCCAAGCCAAUCACCAGGGGCAAACUCAUUAAGCCCGGCGGUCCUGGUGGUCGACCCUCAAGGUUGACCGGGAACCGAAAGGCACAGCCCAGACCCGUUGAUAACAGCGCGAGGAGUGUUCCCGCACCACACGCUGCAGCUGCAGCAUCAUCCAGUGUCGGUGUCAGUGUGCCCAGGCCAACGCCGCCUCCAGUGGCUGCGAGCAAGGUGGCAGUGGAACGGGCAAUCCCAACUCACACCAGGCAGAACAGCGGGGCUGCCCGGGCACCACCGCCGCCACCUCCGGCUGCAGCGCCCGCAGCACCUCCCAAGGUCAUGGCCAAGGUCUUGUACGACUUCAACGGGCAGAGAGAAAACGAGUCCAUCAAAGAGGGAGAUAUCAUCGAGAUUGUUCAAAAGGACCCUAACGGUUGGUGGCUAGCAGACACUGGUCGGGGCAAGUUCUGGGUGCCUGGAGCCUACGUGGAGGAGUUGGCUGCCCCUCCCCCCAAGGCCAAGCCGCCGCCACCUGCUCCCCCGGCCAAGCGACCAGUUGCCGGACGGAAGCCGGCGGGCCUGCAACAGCGAGACUCGGGCAUGAGCCUUAACGGUGCCAGCAGCUCGGAUAACAGCCGGAGUAACACACCCACACCCAGCUUGGGGGGAAGCUUGGCAGAUGCUCUCCUGGCGAGACAGAAGGCCAUGCAGAGCAAGAGGAACGACGAUGACGACUGGUAA